GUGAAUGCUAAGAAGGGUCAACAAGUUCCACAUUGUAUGAGCGCGGCACAAUUCAUUUCUGUUUAUGAGACAGAUCUGAUUAUCAUUAUUUUCUUUUGUUCCUUAGAGCUUUUGUUGGGGUCUUUCAUACUGCCCCAUCUGUUAAGAUUAAUACGACAACGGGUUUGGUCGUAGGUGUCCUAGAAAAAAUAGAUAGACUAGAACCAACAUGGCUGGAAUACUGUUUGAAGACAUUUUUGAUGUGAAAGACAUAGACCCAGAUGGGAUGAAGUUUGACAGAGUGUCUCGACUUCACUGUGAAAGUGAAUCUUUCAAGAUGGACCUCAUACUUGACGUGAACAUUCAGAUCUACCCUGUGGACCUUGGGGACAAGUUUAGAUUGGUGAUAGCCAGUACACUUUAUGAAGAUGGAACACCAGAUGAUGGAGAAUACAAUCCAACAGAUGACCGCCCUUCAAGGGCAGAUCAGUUUGAUUACGUAAUGUAUGGAAAGGUGUAUAGAAUUGAAGGAGAUGAGACGUCUACAGAAGCGGCUACUCGUCUUUCUGCAUACGUUUCUUAUGGUGGGUUGUUGAUGAGACUACAAGGUGAUGCCAACAACUUGCAUGGAUUUGAAGUGGAUUCACGAGUCUACCUUUUAAUGAAGAAGCUUGCUUUCUAAAUAUGGCUUGCGAUUUUUCUGUGUGGACUCAAAAUACAAUGCAUUUGAACAUCCGGAAAGACAAUAUCUCUUGAGGAUCAUGGACUUGUAUCUUUGCAGAUUGUUGUUUGUUUUUUUGUAGAAAAAUUCUCUUGUUUGUUGUAAUUUAAUUGGAAAUUACAAAUCAAUACUGUUUGUAAAUAAAGAAACAUGUUUUAUA